UAGCCCAACUUCUUCGCUCCCUUCUUCGGCCCCAAACCCUUUCCUUUUUUUUUCUCCAUUUUUUCUCUCAAUCCUUCUCCAAUCUCAUCCAUUUCCUUCGAUCUCGCUGCCAUUCAACGCGGUCGCACACCUUCGAUUCCUUGCUACUCGAUCUCGGAACCGUAGCAAAGAGGGUUUUCUGGUUGUCUGCCAUCUUUCAGCGCAGUUUUCUCUUUCAGGGCUAUCAAACGAAUCAAGAUCCGAAAUUUGUAAUUCUUUAAGAGAAAUCAAGGAAAGAGACAUGGAACAUCAGGAGGAUGAGUGUCGAAUGGCAGGUGAACAACAAGGGAAGCAAGAUGAUGAGGAAAUUGGUUCACGUGUUGAGGAGUAUAGAAAAUCAAUUGAUGCAAAGAGUGCUCUCCGUCAGAUGAACCUGAACCCAGAAAGACCUGAUACUGUUUUCCUCAGGACAUUGGACUCUAGUAUUAAACGGAAUACAGCAGUAAUCAAGAAGCUUAAACAGAUAAAUGAUGAGCAGAGGGAGGGGUUGAUGGAUGAACUGAGAAGUGUAAACUUAAGCAAAUUUGUCAGUGAAGCUGUGGCAGCUAUCUGUGAUGCCAAGCUUAGAACCUCAGACAUUCAAGCGGCUGUUCAGGUGUGCUCCUUGCUACAUCAAAGAUACAAGGACUUCUCACCAUGCCUAGUCCAGGGACUCUUGAAAGUCUUUAGUCCUGGUAAAUCUGGGGAUGACUUGGAUGGUGAUCGGAGCUUGAAGGCAUUGAAGAAGAGGAGCACUCUUAAGCUUCUGUUGGAACUUUAUUUUGUUGGUGUUAUUGAGGAUGCCAGCAUAUUUGUGAAUAUUAUUAAAGACCUUACCAGUUUGGAGCAUUUAAAAGAUCGAGAUGCCACUCAAACAAAUUUAUCACUACUUGCUAGUUUUGCUCGUCAAGGCAGGUUUCUCUUAGGACUCCAUCCUGGACAAGAAGCUCAUGAAGAGUUUUUCAAGGGAUUAAAUGUUACUUCUGACCAGAAGAAAAUCUUCAGGAAAGCAUUGCACUCUUAUUAUGAUGCAGUUGCUGAACUUCUUCAAUCGGAACACAAUUCACUUCGACAAUUGGAACUUGAGAAUGCAAAGAUCUUAAAUGCUAGAGGGGAGCUCAAUGAUGAAAACUCAAGUUCAUAUGAGAAGCUACGGAAAUCUUAUGACCAUCUUUUUCGUGGAGUCUCCACUCUCGCUGAGGCCCUUGAUAUGCAACCUCCUUCAAUGCCAGAUGAUGGGCACACCACCAGGGUGACAACCGGUGUUGAUGCCUCAUCUUCUUCAGCCGGAAAGGAAUCUUCUGGCCUUGAACCUGUUUGGGACGAUGAAGAUACGAGGGCAUUUUAUGAAUCCUUACCUGAUCUCAGAGCUUUUGUUCCCGCUGUGUUGUUGGGUGAAGCAGAACCGAAGGUGACUGAAUCGUUCCCAAAGACAAAUGAUCAACAAAGUGAUUCAUUGACCGAGGCAGAAAUAGAGGUGCAAGAAAUUUCUGAAGCAUGUGUGGAUUCUGAAUGUUCACCUGAGGGAAAAGCUGAUGAAAAGGGCAAGGAUAAAGAGGAUAGGGACAUAGAAAAAAAUAGGGAUCCUGAAAAAGAAAGAUACAAAGAAAAAGAUUCUGAAAGAAAAGGGGAAAACGAUAAAGAUAAAAUAAAAAGCCUUGAUGGAACAAACUUGGACGGGCUUUUGCAGAGGCUUCCGGGAUGUGUCAGCCGUGAUCUUAUAGAUCAAUUGACGGUUGAAUUUUGUUAUUUGAAUUCAAAAUCAAACCGAAAGAAACUUGUUCGUGCUCUAUUUGGUGUGCCCAGAAGUUCCUUGGAAUUGCUACCAUAUUAUUCACGCAUGGUGGCAACAUUAUCAACUUGUAUGAAAGAUGUUCCAACUAUGCUUGUUACAUUGUUGGAGGACGAAUUCAACUUUUUGCUAAGUAAAAAGGAUCAAACAAACAUUGAAACAAAAAUAAAAAAUAUAAGAUUCAUUGGAGAACUGUGUAAAUUUAAAGUUGCUCCACCAGGCCUUGUCUUUAGUUGUUUAAAGGCUUGUUUAGAUGAUUUCAAUCAUCAUAACAUAGAUGUUGCCUGCAAUCUCCUUGAGACAUGUGGACGUUUUCUAUAUCGUUCCCCAGAAACAACGAUACGCAUGACAAACAUGCUUGAAAUACUAAUGCGAUUGAAGAAUGUUAAAAAUUUAGAUCCACGCCACAGUACACUUGUGGAGAAUGCGUAUUAUUUGUGCAAACCACCUGAAAGAUCAGCUCGGGUCUCAAAAAGCCGCCCUCCAUUACAUCAGUAUAUUAGAAAAUUGAUUUUCUCAGAUCUUGAUAAGUCCUCUGUUGAGCAUGUUCUGAGGCAACUGCGUAAAUUACCAUGGAAUGAAUGUGAAUUGUACAUCUUGAAGUGCUUUAUGAAAGUUCAUAAAGGGAAAUACAGUCAGGUGCACUUGAUAGCUGUCCUCACUGCAGGUCUGAGUCGCUAUCAUGAUGAAUUUGCUGUAGCUGUGGUUGAUGAGGUUCUGGAGGAUAUUAGAUUAGGAUUGGAAUUGAAUGAUUACGCAAUGCAGCAAAGACGGAUUGCUCACAUGCGGUUCUUAGGGGAGCUGUACAACUAUGAGCUUGUUGAUUCAUCUGUGAUAUUUGAAACACUUUACUUGAUUCUUGUGUUUGGCCAUGGGACGACAGAGCAAGAUGCGUUGGAUCCGCCUGAAGAUUGUUUCAGGAUAAGAAUGAUUAUAACACUUCUUCAGACAUGUGGCCACUACUUUGAUAGAGGUUCCUCAAAACGAAAACUUGAAAGAUUCUUGAUAUACUUCCAAAGAUAUGUGCUCAGCAAAGGCCCUUUACCACUUGAUAUUGAGUUCGACAUUCAGGAUUUGUUUGCGGAGCUACGACCAAACAUGAUCCGUUAUUCAUCCAUUGAAGAGGUUAAUGCAGCACUGAUUGAACUAGAGGAACAUGAUCGGACUAACUUUUCUGAGAAGGCUGGCAAUGAUAAACAUUCAGAUGGCGAGUCUCAGAAAACCUUGCCCCAGACAAAUGCUGCUUCAGCUAAUGGUAAAGGUGCAGUAAAUGGUGUUGAAGAGAAUGGCAGGGGAUAUGAAGAACCGGCUGAUAGUGAAAGCUACUCCGACAGUGGCAGUAUUGAUCAUGAUGGUCAUGAUGAUGAUGAUGAACUGUUGUAUGAAGACAAGUCCGAAGAUGGAUCUGAGGGUGAUGGGGAUGAUGAAGAUGAUGGGGGAAUUGGUUCUGACGAAGAAGAGAGCAUUCAAGUGAGGCAGAAAGUAGUGGAAGUUGAUCCAAAGGAAGAACAGGAUUUUGAUAGAGAGCUUAGGGCUCUGAUGCAAGAGAGCCUGGAUUCUCGCAAGCUAGAAUUGCGAUCCCGACCUACCCUCAACAUGAUGAUACCAAUGAACAUAUUUGAGGGUUCUAGAGAUCCGAGGGCUGUUGAGGGGGAGAGUGGGGAAGAGACUGUGGAUGAAGAGGGGGGAGGACAAGGGGUUAAUAAAGUGCGAGUAAAAGUGUUGGUGAAGAAGGGAAGCAAGCAGCAAACAAAGCAGAUGUAUAUUCCCCGGGAUUGCUCACUGGUGCAGAGCACAAAGCAAAAAGAGGCCGCCGAACUGGAAGAGAAGCAGAGCAUUAAGCGGAGGAUUCUGGAGUACAAUGAGAGGGAAGAAGAGGAGUCUAAUGGGGUUUUGUCACCUGCAGGCAACUGGAUUCAAGGAGGAAGCAACAGUGGCAGCGGUGGUGGCAGCAGCAGCAGCAGCAGACCUGCGGGACGUGGCAACUGGGAUGCUGCAGGCAGGACAGGAGGUGUCCGGCAGCGACACCAUUUAUCCGGCGGCUUUUAUUAUGGCUACGGAAGAAGAAAGUAACCUGAUUUUAUGUGCAAAAUACAACUUCCCGGGUUUUACUUUUUUUCGCUGAAAGUCCUUGUACAUUCCUUCGGGUGCUUCUACACAAUCACACUGGACACACUCAAUAUCACUCAAAAAGAGACACUAUGCUUUGUGAUGCUUGCGAGACUGCCAAGGAAUGAACAAGUUUGUCAUUUUCGAUUACUUACAGAAUUCAGAGUUCAUCAUCAAGGAAGCCAGAGUGAGCACCCUAAGGAUGAGCAUGUUUAGGAUGUAAAAAAUUUCACUCGGUAUGGUUGUUCUUUGGUUAUAAUUAGGAAUGGUUAAAGCUAUGAGAUUAGUGCUAUGGUUAAAACAGGUGUGGGGUACUGUAAAGCUGAUACGGUGUUGUAGUGCUGGCAUUAACUUGUUAUCAAGGUAGUUUUACUCGUGAGUUAAUAGCAAUAGUUGGCAGUUCAGUCA